AUUGAAAACAUUCUCAUCGACAGUCAGAAGAACUUCGUCCUGUGUGAUUUUGGCAGCGCUACCUCACGCGUCCUGCAUCCGGGAAAACACGGCCCUCUUCGGUGUCAGGAGGAGAUUGAAAAUUCAAUCAAAUCGGUUAUGCUAAGAACGAAGGUGAAAGAACAGCUCUCGGGUCUCGUUGCAGACGCAUGCAACAGGCUGCCGGUGAAAUGUGCCCAGUUCGGGGAACCGGUGGACCAAACUGUUUGCUCCACCCUUUGUUUUUCUGCCUCUUUUGUCCUCGUCUAUGUCAUCAUUAACAAGCAUAAUGCGCCAUCCCAGGCCAGACCCACGCAACUUUUUUGUGCCACAAGCGUCAUCGUCGGCGGAGGGCUGAACUCACCGGACCCUUUUACAGUCGAGAUGGCAAACAAUGAUGUUGGUGAUGAACAGAAUAUGUCCGGCACAGGUAUUCAAUGGCCGAAGUCAAUUGCUAAUGCAGCUGCCUCCUCUGUGACCACUACGUAUCUCCUCUAA